CGCCUGCCCAGUGACAAAUGUUAAACGGCCGCAGUAUCCUUACCGUGCAAAGGUAGCAUAAGCACUUGUUCCUUAAUUGGGGACUGGAAUGAAUGGCUCCACGAGGAAGUAACUGUCUCUUACUUCCAAUCAGUGAAACUGACCUUCCCAUGAAGAGGCCCAUUUCACAAUCCGUAUAA